AACAAAUUGUUCAUCUUCUUCAUCGUUUUACAGGGGCACAUCUAUCAUGGUUCUGCUCUUCAAAUUGAAGAACCUCAGAUUGGGUUGUUCAUUAUUUUCUUGCACAUUUGCUUCCAAAACUAGAAGCUUUGUGGUUGGAGACCUAAAACCCUCGCAUUUCACUCUUCAUCCUCAGUUUCUUUACAGAUACAUCACCACCGAAAUCUCACCAACCCAAAACGAUUUCACAGUCACUUACCUCAUAAACUCAUGUGGGUUGUCCUCAGAAGAUGCAAUUUCAGCGUCCAAGAUGGUCAAGUUGAUAUCCCCAGACAGAGCAGACUCUGUUUUGGCCCUUCUGAGAAGCCAUGGCCUCUCUCAACCCCAAAUCUCAAAGGUUGUCAAGUGUUGCCCAAGAGUUCUUUCAUCCUGUCCCGAGAAAACCCUUUCGCCCAAGCUUCAGUUUUUCAGCUCUGUCGGAGUUUCAAGGGAGGACCUUGCAAGAUCUGUGGCCGCUAAUCCAUUGCUCUUGACAGUAAGCUUGAGGGAACGGAUUGAACCCACUUAUAAUUUCCUUAGGAGUAUGAUUUCUGAGAAAAAUAUUGUUACUGUUUUCAAGCGCCGGUCGCGGGUUUUCUUGGGCAAUCACUGCAACGAUGUGGUGCUAAAUAUUGGGCUUUUGAGAGAACUGGGUAUGCCUCAAUCUUCCAUUUCUGUGUUACUAUCUCAUUACGUUCAUGUUGUGAUGCACGAGCAUAACAAGUUUGGUGAAGUUGUGGGUGAGGUUAAGGAAAUGGGAUUUAAUCUGGAAAGUUCGAAUUUUGUGUUUGCACUAAACGCAUUGUGUGGUAAGAACAGUAAGUCAAUAUGGAAACGCAGUCGUGAAGUUUAUAUGAGGUGGGGUUGGUCUGAGAAUGAUGUUCUUUCUGCUUUCAGGAAAAAUCCGGAGUUUAUGAUUAUGUCGGAGAAGAAAAUAAUGCGAGUAAUGGAAUUUUUAGUGAACAAGAUGGGAUGGCCGUCAGCGAUGAUUGCCAAAUACCCGUGGGUUACGCGUCACAGUUUGGAGAAGAGAAUAAUCCCAAGGUGUUUGGUUGUUAAGGUUUUGUGGUUGAAAGGUUUGAUAGAUGAAAACUUGACUUUGGGAUAUGUGAUUCAACCUGACGAGAAGCUCUUCGUGGAGAGGUUUGUGACCAAAUAUCAAAAUGAAAUACCUCAGUUGUGGAAUGUGUACCAAGGGAAAGUUGAAAUCGAGGAUGUAUGAUUUUGAUACGUUGAUGCUUCAUCACUCACGUGUAUCAGAUUGCUUCUGCACAAUAUUAUAAGGUUGCCCAUAAGAAAAUUUAUUGUUUGGUCGCAUACUCAAUUUCUAGCUGAUUACAUUUAUGUGUACUUUGUUAUUAGAAGACCUGGUUGGGUUGGCCUAGCUGCUUUAAUUUAUAUGUACUUUCUUAUUAGAAUACCUGCUUGAAUUGGCCUGCUCCCUUUGGCGUCACCAAUCUCUUGCAUUUUGUGUUCUUGAGUUUGGUUAGCCUCAAAGUUCAUUGCAUUACACAUAUCUUGCAUCCAUUGUGGUUCAAUCAAAUUAUGAGAUAUCAACGGUUGUCAGUGCUUUACUCCUGGCUUUGUUAAUAAUGUCCUCCACUUGGUUGAUUUGUAGGGGACCAGAUCAAUAAGGCAUUAAAGCUCUGGGUGUGAGCCUUUUCUGAUGAGAAUUUAAUGGUGAGGAACACAAUAUAUUCAGUGCUUGUGGCUGUUGAUUGGGUUUUUUAAGUUUAAAAACCCGGGUUUGAUGGGAUGUGUAAUGAAGGGUGAUUUGGAAAUUGGUAUCUUUCGGGAUGAAUCUAUUCGGUAAGCUGCUGGAGGUUUGCUGAUCUCAAGAGAAUGUUAGUUUUGUGGUAUGACUUCAUUUUUUUGUUUUAGACAUCUUGGCAUGCAUGCCAUUUAGAUUCAUUUAGUGCUCCAAGCCAUGAGGAUAUGAGUGCCUGAAUCUGAUUUUCCAGAUGUUACUAGUCAGUACAGGCCUAUUUCAGAAGUGUAAACAUGUGCAAUGUCACUGCCAAGAAAAUGAAAAGGUGACUUGCAAUGCUUUUACCCAAUUCUGGAUUUGAUUCCCGUGGCCAAUAGACAAUCUGAAGGUUGAGUCUCAUUGCAAUGAUCUUUUCUUUUUCCUAAGAUCGCAUACGUUUAGCGCAGACAACAACUUAUGUAAUCAGUUGAGAAAUAUAACAGCGGAUUGUGACUUUGCCCUAAUUUGCAGACACUGAAUUCUUUGCCUUGCAUAUCAAUUGGAGGUGCAUGUAUUCUUAUGUCUUUCUUUGAAUUUGUCACGUUCUUCAAGUAUUGCUGUCCACACUUAUCAGUAGACUACAUGUCUACGCUUAUUAAAGUUGUCUAGAAUGGAUUUGGAGAAGUUUCUGUAUGGAGAGGAUUUUCCAUUCAAUGCUCAGAAUUUGGAAAAUGCUAAUAAGAUUUUGAAUCAGAACAUGUAAGGUCUUGAAGCUAAAAUAAAGGUGACUGAGUCAUCAGCUGGAGACUUGCUCUUGAUAGGUAGUAUUGCUUUUCUGUGGGGCCAUGAGCUUCUAAUUUCACAAGGCUAUCUACUUGGCCCUGUGGCAUGGACAAGGUGAGGCUCCAAGGAUUCUUAUCUGCAUUGAGUAGCUUGGAGAUGCUGUAGUGGUAGGGUUCAUGUGACUUGAAUUAUCUUCAUGGAGGAGGGGGAAGUUGGGUUAAGGCAACAUAGGUCGCCUUUGGAAGCGUAGCUGCAUUCUUAUUGCGUGUCUACGGAUAUGUACAACCAUCUGCACUAUGCAUCCAGCCUAAAGCAGACAUCUUUGCAUUUGUACAUAUGAAAAUAGAUAAGUCAAAAGCAGACAUCAUCCUUGGUAGACACAAGAAGAGAUAUACACUCUGACUUGUGUGGUUUUGGAUGUUUUUAAAUUUCGAAUUUGCAAUGGCAUGGAUGUAAUGCCCUGAUUACUGGUUUUAUGACUUCUUGAAUUGAUGUUAUUUCCUUCCUGCAUAUAUUACACACUUUUGUAACAUCUUGCUAGACAACUUUCCCUUUCUUUAAGGUGGUCUGUCGUUGAAAUAGAUUGAGGAAUAUGCGAUGUUAUUUUAGUGUAGUUCUAAUGAAUUUGGUGGAUGCUUAGA